AUGCCCUCCAAAUCUCGAGAACAUCACCGACCGCGAGAUCGAGGCUCAGACGAUCAGAGCAGCGAAGCAACCGAAGGAACUGCGAGACCGUCACACUCAUCACGGAGUCGAGAGAAAGACAAAGACCGUCACAGUCGGACCACUCAUAGUUCCUCCCACAGUUCGAGCAGAAGGACUAGGCCUAGAUCUGAUAAGGAUAGGCUCAAGGACGAAGCUGGCCGCUCACCUAGUUCAUCUGCCUCUAGUAUAAGAAUCAAGAAACACCCAUCUUCCACCCUCAUGUCCGAAACAAACGAGUCGAAGGUGUCCACGCCUUACCCCAGCUUCUCAAAGGCACACAGUAAGGAGGCUGUGGGGAGUCGAGAUAAUCUCGGCAUACGGCUCAACAUAUUGACCCCCGAACCAACAGACCUAACAUCUGCGGAUGCCAAAAAGGAUGAGCAAAAACCGAGUUCCACGGCCGAAGACAAAACCCAGAGCAAAAGGCAUAGUCAAAGCACCCGGCCUCCAAGCCCUCCUCUCACAAAUGAUGAUACAGAGCUACCCCGGCGAAAAAGCACACCAUCUAAUGAUGGGCGCCGGUCAGAUGAGAAGGAAACCCCAAACAAGUCUUCAGGAGAGCCUAAGAAGCAUAAAUCUUCAAGGAGUCAUUCUACCAGGUCUUCCGCGGGCAUCUAUAAGAAGCUAAGUGACCAGACGUUGAAAACCAGUACGAGGACCCGAUCUAGCACCCCAAGCAAAUUGAAAAUUUUUGAGGCUCUUCAGUUUUCUCACAGAUCCUCUCCCACUUCAGCGCAACGAAAAUCCAGAUCAUCCCUGAAUCGAAAAUCAGCAUCUCCUGCCGAAGUUCUCUCCGAUAACGAUAUAAUAGAUGACACAGUAGACUCAGAUGCUACUUCGAUCGCUCCAGUACAAGUGAAGACCACCGCGCAGCUACCCAAGCUUCGAAACCGCCCUCGCGCAUCGAGGCCUCCGUCACAUGCUUCCCCUUCUCCGCAUCCGGAGACGUUAAGAGACCCGUCCGCUGCCUCUCCGCCUCCUCCACCACCUCCGCCUCCUCCUCCGCCAGAAAUACCGCUCUCGAGACCUAGAGUUGACUAUCUCCUCCAAAAUGGUGGACUGAGCUACCAUGUACCACGAAACUUCCUUGGAGCGGGGGAAUCAGCUAAUAUGCCACAACACCUUUUCGAGCCUGCCAAUACUGGAAUGAAGUUAUUCGAACCGUUUUCCAAGCUAUUGAGUGAUUAUAACCGAGUAAUAGAGAAGAAUGGAUCGCUGGCGGUGGCUACGGGGUAUAGGUCUGUUGCUAGAAGACUAUUAGACCGCCUAGAAUCUGUCUUUGCUCGAGAUAUAUCGUCAGAGUCCUGCGAAUGCCCAAUGUGCUGUGGCAAGGAGGAAAACGAAGCACAAGCAGGGGUUAGCUGGGGCGAGGUCCUGGAACUGGUUUCGGGCCGAAGCGACUUGCCGACCUGGCCACCGUUCCGGAUGCAACCAGAGCUAGACCCAGCUGCAAUCGAAAAUUCACAGGAGCACAUACCUAUGCAAAAGCUCGAUAUCGAUGUGCCUGAGGAGUACCGAGACCACUAUAUCAGACAAUCAAGGAAAACAAAACAAGCUGUCGAUAAAUGGCUGUCUCGACAGCCUGACCAGCCCGCCGAACCUCCAGGAGAGGUUGAUGAUGAGACGCUAACAUUUGCCAUUUUAACUUAUCUGGACCCAGAACAAAGAGCCCCCUUUGCAAGCCUGCUUGAAUUUCCACUAGGACCAGCAGUACCUAAGAAGGAGACGCCAAAACCUCCAGAUAGGCCACCUUGCCUGGUACUAGGAGCUGUGGCAAUCUACCGUCUAUACAGACUGCAGAGCUUACCUCGGGACCCCGAGACAGCCCUGUACAUGGUGAAGCACCCCGAUAUGCACAAUGUGCUAGCUACGUUAGCAGCCAUCAGUGACGACGAGUGGGAUAUCCUUAUCUCGGGCCGUUUUGACGGAUUUCUGAGGAGUGGAGCAGAGGACAACGCUGUGCCAACCUCGGCAACAGAGCCUCCCUUUGAUCCCCACUCCGGCCUACCAAGAAAUGGCGCCCAGCCGGCGCGCUCAGCAAGCCAGCCACGUGCGGGAGCUCCCAUUUCUACUGCUGCGGCCGGAUCAUAUGGAGCCCCUAUUUCGAUCGAUGAAGAAACAGAAAUCGCUGCAUUGGCAGAAGUCGAAAGGGACAUCUUCCUUGGCAUGGAAGCGCUUGAAGAUGCCUUUGAGAUCCUGCAUGGAAAGGCAGAGAUAGUUCGUCGAGCGUUGCGUGAGCGCGGCGCCGGUCUUACCGCUGCUAGUCAAGCUCGAAGAGGCAGCAGGUCGAAUAUCCAGAUACUGGCAGGCACACCUGUGCCAAUGGGGACGCCGGCUGAAUUCGAAAGUGGCACGGAUGACGAUGUUGAUGACGGGGCGUCUAUUGCCCCCUCAGAGUCGGCGAGCAAUAUCAGUUCUAACCGGAGACGAAGACCCAAGCGCCGAACGGAACGACGGACCCCUGCCCCUGUCGAGGAAGAGCCCGAUGAAUACAACGAAUAUGUUGUCCCUAUACGCCCAGGGAAAUGA